AUGGCGAACGAAUCUUACGUAGAUUAUUUUUCUUCAACGCUCGAUGUUCUUGCAUCGGUUGUGCCGGAGCACCUGCUCAAACCACGGGUGGGGAUCAUCUGCGGAUCGGGACUCAGUACGCUCGCAUCCAACCUUCGUGAAGUCGUAGAAGUUCCGUACAACUCACUAGAGGGUUUUGGGGAGAGCACUGUUGCGGGACACAAGAGCGCCCUCGCAUUUGGUCUGCUCGGUACUGGAAACGGGGUUCCAGUUGUGGCAAUGCUAGGACGGUUCCAUACGUACGAGGGCCAUAAGGUGUCGACCGUUGUAUAUCCAGUGAGGAUCAUGGCCAGACUUGGUGUGAGGAAUUUGAUCAUAACUAACGCGGCCGGGGCAUUGAACCAUGACAUUCCCGUCGGGACCAUCGUUGUCGUUCACGACCACCUCGCGAUCGCGAACAUGACUGGCCCACUCAACGCGCUUUUCGGGCCCCUGAUCUCACCGGAUCAUCCGCGCUUCCUCCCGCUCUCCGACGCGUACUCCCCGGCGCUGCGACGCCUUGCCUUCCUCGCCGCGCAUUCUCUGCGCCUCCCAGAGAGCGCGCUCACGGAGGGCACGUACGCGUGGGUCUCCGGGCCGACUUACGAGACGCCCGCGGAGGGCCGCUUCCUACGCGCCGCGGGCGCGGACGUCGUCGGUAUGAGCACUGUCCCUGAGGUCCUCGCCGCGCGCGAGGAGGGCGUAGAGGUGCUCGUUCUCAGCCUUGUCACCAACGCCGUCGUGAUCCCGGACCGCUAUCGCAGUAUCAAGGAGGAGGUACGUGCCGAGCUCGAGGGGAGGCGUAUCGAGAUGCCGGAAUCAGAGGUCGCAUCGCAUGAGGAGGUGCUCGCCGUCGGCAGGCAGAAGGCGGAGGUCAUGAAGAGCCUCGUCGCGCGAGUGAUCGAGCUCAUACCCUCGGAUUGA